AUGAGAGGAGCAGAUGAAAAUGGAAUAGAUGCAUUCAGAUAUAUGCAAAGAGCCCAACAUAUAGGAAAAGUUAUCAUCAAAAUUCCAACUCCUUUCAAAUAUUUGGAAUUUGAUACAGAAAUUUACGAAUCAAAGGAUCUUAUCGGUUUUGAAGAAAAUAAAUGCAAUAGUGAGUAUGGUAUUUAUAUAAUUACCGGUGGAUUGGGAGGAAUCGGGAAAAUUAUGACAAAGUGGAUGUUGGAAGAAGGUGUCAGAAAGAUUGCAAUUUUGUCAAGAAAUGCGAAUAAUGACUCUUUGAAAGAUGUUCCGGAGAUACAAGAUUAUUUGAAGACGGAUAAUAUUCAAAUUGAAUGUAUAAAAUGUGAUGUUUCAAUUUUAUCACAAGUAGAAAAUGCGUUUAAAGAAAUCUCAAAUAGAUUUGGAAAAUCAACUCCAAUACAUGGAAUAUUCCAUGCAGCUGGUAUUUUAAUGGACGGGGCAAUUGCUUCUCAGACAAUAGAAAUGAUGGAGUCUGUAUAUGCACCAAAGGUAUAUGGUGCAUGGAAUUUACAUGACUGUUGUGAAAAGUUUGAAAUAAAUAAAAAUUUGAAAUAUUUCAUUCAUUAG